AAACAGAAAGUCCCGCCGUAUUAAUAGACAUUAAUUAAGCAGGCAAAAUGGCUGCUCCCUCUGUCAAUAUUAGCGUUGAAUCUGCUAUUGAACACCAAAUUCAAGAAGUAAGAUAUGACGGACAAGAAAUUUAUGUUGCCCCCUUGUCUAUGUCAGAAAAUUUGAGUAAACUUGCACAUAAAAUAGAUUUUUACAAAGAUGAAAGUGAAGAAAAAGGAAAGCCGACAUCAGAAGGGGAGAAGGAGUCAGAUGAAGAGAAAGUCCUGGCCCCAUUUCAACCAUCACUCUGGCCUUGGGACUCGGUCAGAAAUAAAUUAAAAGCAGCUUACACAGAAAUCAGUGUUCUCUAUGAUGUGCUGAACAUAGUCAAAGAAAAACACUACAUGGUGACUGAUCCUGUAAAUCAAGAUGGCCCUGAACUCAAGGCACCUCUUCAAAUGUUGGCUAAGAAAAGGAGCCUUGUGGCCGCUGCUCAUAUAUUGAGCAAUGGAGCUGAGAGAUUAAAGAGAGUCCAGAAUGAAAUGGCUUCUGUCACGCAAGAAAACUUUCUCAUGGAGCUUCUCAAACUCAGAAAAAAUUGGAGGCUUAAAAAAGUUCACAACACAAUCUUGGGAGAGUUGAGCUACAAAUCUGCUGGGUCUAGAUUUUGGCAAGGAGGCACAUUUGAGGUUUUAAAAACAUCAGAUCUUGCUGCUGAAGGUGAAAUAGUCCCCAGAAAAAGUAGCUUGGAUGUCAUCAUACCAAGUGAGCUGGAGGGUGUGGCCUACAUCUUGGUAGAGGUGAAGAGUGUUGUAUCAGAUUUAAUGAAUAUCACAAGUGCUACAUUAAAAAUGCCAUCUAGUCUUGGACCUGUGUCUGCUGAUACUUACUGGCAGUUGAAACUAGAGACUGCUCAGAAUGUUUUAUUUUGUAAGGAGCUUUUUGCUCAGCUUGCUCGUGAAGCUGUCCAGAUAAAGAAAGCAAGCACACCUCACAUGGUUGUGGGCAAUCAGAUUCUUACUAAUGUUUUUCCUGGUGUACAGCUGUCUAUAGUGCUUUGUCAUCAUACUGGAAAAGAAAAGAAGGUCAACCUGUCAUCUGAGAAGUUGGAACACAAUCAUGUCCUUGAGCACUCCCUUCACCAGCUUCUCCGUGAAGUGCAUGACAGAAACCUCAAGUGCAGUGCACCUCAUCCUGUCAAUGCCAUGCUGGGAAUGACCAGGAAGAGAAGACUUGCCGGACCUAGGGCCAUGUCCAGACAGGAACUUAUGGAAAUGGGAGAAAAUGAAUCAUUACUAGAACAAAUUUUGAAACAAACCAAGCAUGCUGUUCUAAGAAUCAGAUCGAUGCAUGUAAUAGAUCAGAUGGCAGUAAGCAUACAGGAUCCUCAGCUCUGUGCCCACUGGAGCUGUCUCAACAGUAGUCUUGAGUCAAGUGUUCGAGUCAGUGUUACGUCCUAUGGCUACGAGUCUAUCAGGACCUCACUAGUACUGACUAUUGGAAUAGACCUCAUAAGAGUUGUAAUGAAGGAUGGUAGAGUAUGUACACUAUCAUUUGAAGAAACAGAACUCAGAGAUCUCUUACAGUGGCAGAUUUGUCAGCACCACACCCACUCCAUACAACAUCUGGCCAAAGUACAGGGCUGGCAAGUUUUGUCUGGCAUAGUCAGCAGCGGUUUUGGGGAUAUGGAAGCUUAUGGCACAACUUCCAAUGUCCUGAUGGCAUCUCCCAGGAGCAAUGUAAUUGUGUCUUUUCAUAGCAACCCAGUGAGUGGUAGUAAACUGUGGGUAAAGAAAGUUGAACCAUCAAUAGAAACUCACCAUUCCCCUGCUGUCACUGCAAAUAAAUGGGCUUCUUUGUCAGGAGAGUUUCAGGAAGUGAAUCUUCAGCUUUUGGAGGGCAGAAAUCUGGUAGGAAAAAUUGACAUGCUGAUGGCCAGAUUAUCUUUGAGUUGAUAAACCAAGCGGAAAAAAAAAAUAUAAUGAAAAGAAAAAUUUAAAUUCCCCGAUAAUGAAAUACUUCCAUAAUUGAUAUUGACUUGUGUAUAUUUAAAUACACACAUCAUGAUGAUUCUAUUGGGGUUAUCAAUAUGCCUGGAAUUAUGGACUAUGAGUAUAUGUGAAGAAAUAUAUUUAUGUGCAAACAUUUGUCAAAGGUUUCUGUAUAUAUCAGUUCAGUCAUCAAGGAAUGUAUGGGGACAGCAUUUAUUUAACUGUGAACUUGAUGUUGAUGUGUACAUAAUUUGUGUAAAUAUUGUGUAUAUAGAUAUAGGUCAGUCAACAAAAUAAAUAUUUUUUGUUUCAAACAAAAAAUUGCUGAAUUUAUUUAUUUAUUCAAAUUGACCAACCAGGUAGU